CACAUUGCCAGCAUCUUCUCUCCUCACUCACCCUUCCUGGUGCUUUGGGCUCUCCUUCCUUCUCAGACAAGAUGUCUUAUCAGAAAAAGCAGCCCACCCCUCAGCCCCCAGUGGACUGCGUGAAGACCUCUGGCGGCGGUGGCGGUGGCGGCGGCAGCGGCGGUGGUGGCUGCGGCUUCUUCGGCGGCGGCGGCUCAGGGGGCGGCAGCAGCGGUUCUGGCUGCGGCUACUCCGGCGGCGGCGGCUACUCUGGCGGCGGCUGCGGCGGGGGCUCCUCUGGGGGCGGGGGCGGCAUUGGAGGUUGCGGAGGGGGCUCCGGUGGGAGCGUCAAGUACUCCGGAGGCGGCGGCUCCUCCGGCGGCGGCUCCUCCGGCGGGGGCUCUGGCUGUUUCUCCAGCGGUGGGGGCGGCUCCGGCUGCUUCUCCAGCGGUGGGGGCGGCUCCGGCUGCUUCUCCUCAGGCGGCGGCGGCUCCUCGGGCCAGGCGGUCCAGUGCCAGAGCUACGGAGGCGUCUCCAGCUGCGUCCCUAGCGGCGGCUCCUCCGGGGGCGGCUCCGGCUGCUUCUCCAGCGGCGGGGGCGGCGGCUCUGUCUGCGGCUACUCCGGCGGCGGCUACUCCAGCGGCGGCUCUGGCUGCGGCGGAGGUUCCUCUGGCGGCGGCGGCUCCGGCUACGUCUCCUCGCAGCAGGUCACUCAGACCUCGUGCGCGCCCCAGCCGAGUUACGGAGGGGGGUCGUCCGGCGGCGGCGGCGGCAGCGGCUGCUUCUCCAGCGGCGGGGGCGGCGGGAGCUCCGGCUGCGGCGGCGGCUCCUCCGGGAUUGGCAGCGGCUGCAUCAUCAGUGGCGGGGGCUCCGUCUGCGGAGGUGGUUCCUCUGGGGGCGGCGGCGGCGGCUCCUCCAUGGGUGGCUCCGGGAGUGGCAAGGGCGUCCCGAUCUGCCACCAGACCCAGCAGAAGCAGGCGCCUACCUGGCCGUCCAAAUAGGUCCCCCAGGGUACCACGGAGGCGAAGGAGUUGGAGGUGUUUUCCAGGGGCACCGAUGGGCUUAGAGCUCUCAUGAUGCUACCCGAGGUUUGCAAAUCCUUCAUGUCUUAACCUACCUGGAAGAAGCCAUUGAGCUCUCCGUCUGCAUCUAGUUCUGCUGUUUAGCCUCUUUGGUUUCUGUACAACUACCUCCCAACCCCAGUGCCUCAGUCAAUAAAUUUGCAAAUUCAUGAGAA